AUGCGUCUACUUUUAGUGUACCCACCAGCAAGGUGGAAAAAUGGUUCAACAGAUAUGCUGACUGUUAAAGUGAAAAAUGGAAAACCAAUCAUUAUCGUGGAGGGAAAAACAAUUCACUUGACUGAACAGAUCAGUGAAAAUACGAUAAGGAUAGAAAAGAUUGGUUCUCUAUUAAAAAUUGAAGGAGAUGACGGGGUGCCAAGGAUCGAGAAAGUGGACAAGUACUACAUCAUCAAUCCAGCAGAUUUGAUACAAGUUGGUAGCAAUGAUGAUAAAACUGAUGGAUAUAUUGUAAAAGUGUUGAUAAAUGAGCAGAACUUCGGUUUGUGGAAAUUCACUGACACUGAAGGAACAUGUAAAGGUGAAAAACGAGAUCCUUCUACGAAGAGUGUGUUGUUGAACUUCUAUAACGGGCAAGGUUAUAAAGUGUAUGGUGUCGACAAAACCUUGAAUCCCAAGAAAAUCGCUUUAAGAUUCCAUAUCGGUACUUUUGACGAAAACAGUCUCAUAUACUUGGCCAAAGAUAGCGGCUGUUCCUAUAUAGCUCUCUACUUGAGCGACGGCUACAUCCAUUUCGAAGUCGUUCACAAUGAAACCGUCUCGAACCGUUUGAGAUCCGACCUCAGGUACAAUGACGGCAAACGGUAUCAAAUCGAAGUAACCAUGACCUACGAGAACAAUUACCAGUCGUACGAUCUAAGCGUCAGGGACGAAACGGGGAACAAGAAGAAUACAGACAAAAAAAACAAAAUGUUGUUGCCUAAACGAUUGGUGUUCAAAGUGAAGACCGCUCAUCAGUAUGUAGGAGGAGUACCACCAACCUUCGACAGGAGUUGCGUCAUUGGAGUAAGGUUGGAGUCGUUCUUGGGGAUUUUAGAGAUGAGUACCAGGUUGAUCAAUGAGAUUAUCUCGUACGGUGUUAUACAUAAGAAGAACGUCGAAUUCUAUCAUGCCUGGGCCCACGAAGGUGGUCACCUCCAACUGAAGACACCCGAAGAAAGACUUCUCAAUCUCUAUUUUGUCUUGAGACCUGUCAAACCAAACGGCUUGGUGAUGAAACUGAACGAAAACCAAAACAUCACCUUAGAGAACUAUAGACUGAAAGUAUCUGGCAUAGACCUUCUAUCCAGCACUGAACUUGUGGAAAAUGAUUACAACGUGGUGCAUUUGACCUUGGGAAAACAUAAGGCGCUCGUUGUGAAUGGACAGAAGGAGGAUAUCGCAUUGUUAGAGGAGAUUAUGAUCAAGGACCGUGUUGUGAUUGGUGGUAGAGAGGAUGGGUUUCAAGGAGGAAUCAGGCAUAUAUUAAUUAAUAAUAAAGAACAAGCACCACCAAUUCGAGAAAUCAACACAAAAAGCCUCGUGUCGAAUUUCACCAACUCGAUGCAAAACACCGAAGGUUGUGCCACUUUUGGCAGCUACACUGCUGAUCCUGAAGCUGUCAAGUACGGAGAUCACCCUAGGAGCUUCACGAAGCUAGAGUCCAGCUUCUGGAAGAGAGAUUAUAACGUUAGCUUGGAGUUCAGGACUUUCCAUUCUGAUGGGCUAAAACGGAAAAAGCGGAAGGUAAUGAAGCAGUUUGACAAAAAAGCAAAUGACGGAAUGUGGCACAUCAUAAACUUGGAGAAAAUGAAGAAGAAAUUGACGAUUACCAUUGACAAAGAGGCUAAAAUUAUUAAGAUAGCCAAACAUAAUCUGAAGGAUGAAGUAUACUUUGGAGGAGUACCUGAUGAUUUCAGUUACAACAAAAUUGAUAUUGUGAAUCCAUACAGAGGAUGCCUGAGGAAUCUAGUCAUAAAUAAUGAAGACCAAUUUUUGAUAAAUAAUAACAAAGAUGUAACCCAUUCAAAUAUACGACAAUGCUUCAUAAAUGUAGAGGAAGAGGAUGACUACCACAUAAACAAAGUAUUCGAAGUAAGUUUCGAAUUUCGUACUGCGGAGCAAAAUGGAAUUUUGAUCAGUAUUUCAAAGGCAAGAAACUCUCCAGCGAUGAGCGUCGAAAUGCAAAAUGGUGCUAUAGUAAUGGCUGUUGACUCAGGUGAAGGAGCCACUACGAAUGUCACCAAUAAUUUGGACUCUGAUUUUGCCCUGUGCAAUAAUAGUGCACCAGGCGGAACACUAAAAACAAGAGAAAAUUUCAAAGGCUGCUUACGAAACCUGAGGAUAAAUAACGAACGAAUAGACUGGGCAGAAAUGAAGCUACUCAACAAUAUAAUGCUGGAUUCGUGUCCGGUUGAUGCAUCGGAAAGCGGAAAUGUUGAAACCAGGAACUUUUAUACGGUAGUUACUUAG